AUUUGGCAGGAAGACCGAGAUUCCCGCGUCCCCAUCCACAUUUCCAGAUCACUAUUUGGUAGAAAGCGGGAUAGGUGGGACUCGGCCAUAGGAUUUGGGUUGUAUGCAAACGGAGUCAGAGGAAAAGCGAGAUGGGAUCAAUUUAGCUGUACAAUUCAUCGGGUAAGCAACCCCCAAACGAAUCACUCGAUUGGUAAUCAAAUGCAUGGACUCAGACGACCACUAACUACACUAGUUCAUUGGGAGUUUGAACUGCCACAUUAAGUGUUCCUGCCCUGGAGGGGAGUGAUCCUCCCACCUGGGGCCACCACCUGCACACUGUCCUUCUUUCUCCUGAUUACCUAGUAGAGACAUUGUCACCCUAGUCUGGCAGCCUGGCUGCUUACCUACAUGUAUAUCAAUGAAGACCCCAUUUGGGAAGAGGCCAGGCCAGCGCCCCAGAGCUGAUGGGGGGAAUAUUGGGGUAUCUGCAAAUAUGAUGAAGAAGAAAAAUUCCCACAAGAAGCAAAAGAAUAAUGUUGGUCCAAGCAAGCCUAUUGCCCAACCCAGACGAAACAUAGUGGGUUGCAGGAUAACACACCAGUGGAAGGAAGACUCCAAGGUUUCCCAGUGGAAAGGAACAGUUCUCGACCAAGUCCCUGUUAACCCCUCUCUCUACCUAAUCAAGUAUGAUGGAUUUGACUGCAUCUAUGGACUUGAGCUUCACAAAGAUGAGCGGGUGCAAGGCCUGGAGGUUUUACCAGACCGAGUUGCUCCAGCUCGUGUCAGCGAUUCCCAGCUAGCAGAAACCAUGAUAGGUAAAGCAGUGGAGCACAUGUUUGAGCAAGAUGAAGGACCAAAGGAGGAGUGGAGGGGCAUGGUGCUAGCACAGGCUCCCAUUAUGAACACAUGGUUCUACAUCACUUACGAAAAGGACCCUGUUUUGUACAUGUACCAACUCUUGGAUGACUACAAAGAGGGGGAUCUCCGGAUAAUGCCUGAUUCAAAUGACUCGCCUCCAGCAGAGAGAGAGCCUGGAGAAGUGGUGGAUAGCCUUGUUGGCAAACAAGUGGAGUAUGCCAAAGAGGAUGGCGGCAAAAGGACUGGCAUGGUUAUCCAUCAGGUUGAAGCCAAACCCUCUGUUUAUUUCAUCAAGUUUGAUGAUGACUUUCACAUCUACGUCUACGAUUUAGUAAAAACGUCUUAGGGCAUAGGCAUUGAGAAAAUCAUUGAUCCACAGACCUUGGCAAAUGUUCUGACGCUUUCUUUGAAACAACAUACAUUUCCAUUCAAAAUGGACAAUUCCUUCACAGGCUGCAAAUGUGGAACUUGUCGUUUCCUGUGUCACUGCUUCCAAUGCGAAAUCUUUUAGUGUACUUUGUUUCAAGUCCACUUUGUUUCUAAAAGAAGGGAAACCUCUGCAGAUUUCGGCAUGUCUGAACAUUUACACUGUUCAAUUGGGCCAGACGCCAUGUGCGACAUGGUUUAUGAAUGUAAAAUGUGGGAAGAAAAAAAUAAUUGCGCUGGUAAUAUGGGUCAGAUCUUUUUAACUUUAGUUUUCACUGUAUUAAUGGUGCAAGCAUGACGCUAACUAAUCUGCACUCUGGAAACAAUGUUACAGUGACACUUUAUCAUUACAGCAAUUAUUAAAAAUAUAUAUAUGGGAUUAUAAUUAUUUCGCACAGUGCUCCCAAAUUAAAACUCCAGGUCGCACAGCAAAAUAUUUAGUUGCAUUCCUUAGAACCCUGCUUGCAGCUUUUUGAAUUUUAACUAAUUCUCACCUAAAAAGAACCAUGUCAUGGUUCUUUUACGAGAUAAUUGUUGUAUUGUUAACACAAUUCAAUUGUUCACCUUGUGUUACUGAAGCCUAUGUCACUGUUGUCCUAUGCAGCUCUUCUGAUGCUGCUGCAGGUUUACUUACCGCUACUACAGUCACUCUUGUGUACAAAGAUCAGCUCCUGCCUAACCUCAAUGUAGUAUUAUUGAUAAGACAUCUUGAAGGUCUGCAACAGGUCUCUGAACCAUGUGCACCUGGAUAUACUUUGGUCAAAAUGCUAGAUCCUUGAUGGCCCCUUCAUGAUUUCCACAAGGUGUGGAAAUCAUCACAUGCUGUCAAUGGCUGUGAGAGGCAUCAGGGCAUUUAACAUUUUACAUUACUGUUGUGCUGUAUUGUGUGCAAUGUCAGUUCCACUUCUGAAAAGCAGACGUGUGUUUUCAUGUUUAUAGCUAAAUGUAAGUUGAUGUGAGUUGCAUGUCAGUUUGUUCUUUUCAAGGUUAUGAGCUUAUGUAAACUGUGACAUUUAUUUUGUUGUUUUUGUACCAUGCAUUACAGAAACCAGUUGACUGGUAAUGCUAAGUGAGUGCCAACUAAUGGUGCCAGUGUUGUACAGCAUUUAAUGGGUAACAUUUCUAAAUAAAUCAGUUGUCUGUU